UCAGGUGUGCUGCAUACACGAAGGCUACGUGGACCCACAGCUAUGGCAGCGACCCCCAGUCUCAUUUGAAGUGCAGAGACCCCGAGCCCCGAGACAGAACAGCCGCAAGAGAAGCGCUCUGCAACAGACGGGGAAUGACGUCACGGGAAGGAGCCUCUCACCCCGCCGCUGCAGGAAAGAGGAAGUUUGACGUAAAACGAAAGUAGAUUGACAUUGGUUCAUAUUGCAUCGGAACGACUUCACGUAGCCUACCUGAAAUCGAAAGUAUGGCAGGAUAUGUAAAUAGUAUUAUGAACUGGAUGACCGGGAGCGGGUCUGGGGAGCCGUCCUCGCCUAGCGGGUCUGGGGAGCCGUCCUCCUCUAGAAGCAGAGUGAAGCUGGGGCUGGCUCUGCCCGAUGAGCUGCUCCUGGGGGUGGCUGAAAUGCUGGGACAGGAGUUGGAGCAGGUGACCAUCCACCUGGGGCUGAAGACCAAAGAUCUGGAUGACAGCAAGGCAGCACAUAUGACUGGGAUCAUGCAGAAAUACAAGAUGUUGCAGCUGUGUCAGCGCCAAAGACCACCAGGAAAGGCCACAGCACAAGACCUGCUAAGAGGUCUGGAAGACCUGCUGAGAGGUCUGGAAGACCUGGAGGACGUACCGUUCGAAACCCGUCUGUUAUUGAGAGACAGCGGAAUGGAGAGCAGCGGAAGUGAGAGCAUGUCCGAGUCUGAAUUGUCUGUGGACGGGAGAAUGCUUGAUACAACGCAGCACACCUCUACCCAAGUUAUUCCACCGCGGCACAAGGAUCCGGAAGAAAGCGGAAUUGAGAGCAUGUCCGACUCUGACAGCGGAAGUGAGAGCAGUAGCAGUGGGAGCAUGUCAGAGUCUGAGCUGUCCGUGGACGGGAGAAUGCUUGACGGAGACAAUAAAACCCGCUCUGCAGGACGGGAUAUGUCUGAUGAGCAGCUCCUGAAGGUGGCCAAAAGGCUGGGAAAGGAGUGGGAGCAGGCGGCCAUCCACCUGGACCUGAAGACCAAAGAUCUGGACGAGAUCAUGGGAGAAGAGAGACAUUUGACCAUGCGGAAAUACAAGAUGUUGCAGCUGUGGAAGAACCGAAGACCAGGAAAGGCCACAGCUCAGGACCUGCUGAGAGGUCUGGAAGACAUGGAGGACCUACCGGUCGAGACUCGUCAGUUAUUGAUAGGACUUGAAAAUAAUCGGUCUAAACCGGUUAAGAAGAAGCCGUCAUGCAGUAGCGGACAGGGGAGCCGUCCUGGUGAGCUGUCCUCGUCUCCGCCCCUCAAAAUGCCGGCUAGUGACGGGACGCUGGUUGGUGGCAGUGGUGGGAUCAUGGCGCCCUCCAAGAGUCCAGGAAGACGGGCGCUGAUACCCCAGGGGAUGUCGAUCCGACAUCUAAGCCGGGGUAUGCCACGGCCAGAGGAGGAAGAAGAUGAGGAAGCGGAUGGAGCCCCGGGAGGUGUUCCAGUGGCUGAUGGUGCCAAAGAGGACACCGGGACGAUGAACUUGGCAACCCUCUACAGCCUCCUUCAGAAGACUCUCCAGAGCCAAGAGCAUGAGGCCAACAAGCAAGAGCAAAGAUGGCGUAGCGUGCAGGUGCAGCUGAACAACGUCCGAGAUGAGUUGGAGGGAGAGCGAAGGCGUGGUGGUGAUGGACGUCGGCCAGGAGACGAUGACGUGCGACAUCCAGUGGAACCACCACCAGCAGCACCUCCGUAUCCAGGACCAGCAGCCCCACCAGACCCAGCAGUGCCGUCUCCAGCCGCCUGGACCGAAGCAGCCGUGCCGAAGCUGGAGGAGGGAGAUGAUAUCGAACAGUAUCUCACCACCUUCGAGAGACUGGCAGCAGCCUAUUGGUGGCCAAGAGCUGAAUGGGCAGUGUACCUGGCACCUUUCCUAACGGGACGGGCUCGGGCUGCAUACGCGGCGAUGGAUGUCUUGGAGGCCAUGGACUACAGCAAGGUGAGAGAGGCCAUUCUCUCAAAAUACGAGAUCAGCGAAGAAAUCUACAGGCAGCGGUUCCGGGAUCCUGACGUCCGACCCGGAGAUAUGCCGAAAGAGCUGUACAACCGCCUAAAGGAUAACUACAGAAAGUGGAUCAAGCCAGACAGGAAGACUGCUGAGGAGAUCGGAGAGCUCCUCAUCCUGGAGCAGUACCUGUGUUCCCUGGCUCCUGAGGUGCGUGUGUGGGUGAAGGAGCAUAACCCGACCACUGGGCGGCAGGCUGCGGAGCUGGCAGAGGCGUUCCUUGCUGCACGCCCGGGUGCGAAGGUGUUCCGGUUCCAGAGCGUCAACCGAUCACCAGCCGGGGGCUUCUCCAAACCUCCCUCUCACCCUCCCUUCUUCUUUUUGCCUGACGCCAGUGCUGAGAUUGAUGAAGAUGAUGAAGAUACAACGCAGCACACCUCUACCCAAGUCCCACCCCUGGAACCGCUGAGCCCUCUGAUCGCAUUUGGGCUGCGCCAAAGACCACCAGGAAAGGCCACAGCUAAGGACCUGCCGAGAGGUCUGGAAGACCUGGAGGACGUACCGUUCGAGACCCGUCUGCCAUUGAGAGAAGGCGCAGAAUGUUUUAUUCCACAGUGGCACAAGGAUCCGGAAGAAAGCGGAAUUGAGACCAUGUCCGACUCUGACGGCGGAAGUGUGAGCAGCGGAAGUGAGAGCAUUUCCGAGUAUGAGCUGUCCCUGGAUGGGAGAAUGCUUGACGGAGACAAUAAAACCCGCUCUGCAGGACGGGAUAUGUCUGAUGAGCAGCUCCUGAAGGUGGCCAAAAGGCUGGGAAAGGAGUGGGAGCAGGCGGCCAUCCACCUGGACCUGAAGACCAAAGAUCUGGACGAGAUCAUGGGAGAAGAGAGACAUUUGACCAUGCGGAAAUACAAGAUGUUGCAGCUGUGGAAGAACCGAAGACCAGGAAAGGCCACAGCUCAGGACCUGCUGAGAGGUCUGGAAGACAUGGAGGACCUACCGGUCGAGACUCGUCAGUUAUUGAUAGGUAACGUAUUUCACCCACACACAGGGGCGUCAUAG